CAAACAUCAUGUUAUCACCAUUUUCAUCUUCAGAUAAGAUUGUUUUUUCUCUCUUACUAUUUGCUAAAAAUACACAUUAACACCAUUUAGGUAAACUACAGGAAUAUCAUUGCAGUUUAUUGUUUAACUUGUGAAGUGCUAGAAAUCGUUUUACCCUGUAGCUCAACCAGAAAAGACCAUAAAAAAUGAAAUUACUAACAUAGUAUUUCACGAGUUUCUCUUUUUUUGUAGUAUUUUUACCGUGCAUUUUUCAUACUGAAGCCGUUCAAUUUUAAAUCAUUCAUAUUCAGUUAAUUCAUAUCACAAUGGAUACUGAAGGUGCUUCAUCGCUUUUAAUUAGUGCUUAUAAAGAUGGCAAGUGGAGUGAUGUAACCAUCAUGAACGGAGAUAAGAAGUAUCGACUCCAUAAACAUAUUUUGUCGACUGCAAUUCCUUAUUUCGAUAAAAUGUUUUCCUCUGGACUUUCAGAAUCAACAAGUGAAGUUAUCAAACUUGACCAUCCGCCGAUUGCAUUUGAUCUUAUCAUUAAAUGGGCUUAUGGUUCAAAAAUAUUGAUGGCAAAAGAAAAUGCUGCUGACUUGUUCAAUCUAUCGGAUUACAUGAACAUAACUCAAUUAACGAGUGAAUGUUUAAAUUUUUUAUGGAACAACUUUGAUGAUUCUCCAUUUAUUGACAUAGAUCAUUGGCUUGAUAAAAUUCACACUGAAGAAGCUCGAAAAGUCCUUGAUAGAUAUAUUCGUUCAAACUUCUGUGACAUUGUUCAUUCAGAUCCAUUUCUUGAUUAUGAUGUUGGAACUGUCACUCAUAUGAUUAGUUUGGAUGACUUGAAUAUUGAUGAUGAAAUACAAGUUUUUGAUGCUAUCAUAACAUGGAUACAAAAGAGUGUCGAAAGGAGAAACCACCUUUCAAAAUUGCUCAAGAAGGUUCACUGGGUUGAGAUAAAUGGAGUUCAGUUCAUUAACAGAAUCGAUAAACUGUCUUGGAUUAUGAAGUGUGAUCAGGCACGCCAUGAUAUCAUGGCUGCAUUUGAGCUCAGCUAUUACAAAUCAUUGAAAACAAUUGGAGUUAACGAUGUUAAUUUUGGGCCUCGCUAUAGAUCUGAAAGCUUCAACUAUGCUGUCUAUAGAAACAAUGAUUCAUCUAUAAAAGUUGGUGGUUUCACGCAUAAAAACAUUAUUUUUUCAGAAAACCUGCAUCUUCCAGCAGCUGAAUUCGGUGAUUUACAUAUCAGUGAACAUUGCUUGGACUCUGAUGUCGUUAUCAGAAUCGAUUGGAGAAAUAAAACUUAUCGAUUAUUCAAAGGUUCUCAUAGUUAUAUCCUUCUGUUUGGGCGCUUAUUUCAAUUCAACAGAAAAGAUCGAAAAAUUCAUUUUCGGAAAGGAGACCGACUUAUUGAGUUUGCACAUUUAACCGAGGACAAUACAUCUAGUCAUGAAACGCUAACAAAACACAAAGGAGGGCUUUGUUUAUCGACCAUUACGACCUCACUUCAAACAAUCGCUCCAACAAGCUGUUCGAACAAUCACCAUUACUACAAAUAUUACGAAUACACGCAAAUUUACAGCCAAAAUAAAGUGGAACACAAAUCGUAUUUGAUAGUUACGAAAAGUAAUCUACCCGGAAAUAGGUUCGAUUUUGUUGCAAGUCAUGAAUUCGUUACAAAAGAACCCAUAAAGAUGCUGAAAAGUACAACCUUUCAUGACCUGUUGUUAAUAUUUGUUGACUGCUCAUUGAUCCUUUCAUACGAUUUUCAGAAAAAUAUCUUUAAAGAGCAUAACAAUAACUUGAAUGGUCGUAGUCUGUGCUUUUUACAUUAUCACCAUUUCGGUCCAAGAUUGUUGAUUUUUAAUAAUGAUGGACAUAUAAGAAGACAAGUCCUUCAUGUAAUAGAUGGCGGAAAACUGUCUUGUUUGCCCUAUUCCGUGGAUUUAUAUCCAAAUAUUGUACUUGAUUCGAAUCUAAUUGGUUUUGUUUCUCUUGAAGCGAAACACCAAUGUGAUAUGCAUGAAAAUGAAUUGCAAAUACAGAUAAUUCAGAAGAUUGAAUCUUCUCAAAUAGCGACAUCUCAAUGAUAUUAUGAAUACUGUGAUUAUCUAUUAAUAUUAUUAAAACCGGUAA